GAAAGAAAACGGACUUUACCGUAUAGUACAAAUGGGGAGGAGAAUAUUGAACGACGCAUUAAGGACGAUCGUAAAUGCAGAAAAGAGAGGAUUUGCUUCUGCUGAGCUUAAACCUGUCUCUAAUGUUAUUGCUAAUUUCCUCCAAAUCAUGAAAUAUCGAGGUUAUAUUAAAGACUUUCAAGUACACGAUCCUCAUAGAGUUGGUAAGAUAUCUGUUCAACUGCUUGGAAGGGUCAAUGAUUGCCGAGCUCUCACCUAUAGACAGGAUAUCAAGGCUGCAGCCAUUGAGCAUUACAAAACACGCACGCUACCAACACGUCAGUGGGGAUAUGUUGUAAUUACAACACCAAAUGGAGUUUUGGAUCACGAAGAAGCUCAGCGGCAAAAUGUGGGUGGACAAGUUAUUGGCUACUUCUAUUGAACAAGUUCAGACAUGGUUGAAAGGUGGCAAAAGUAUUGUUCUGCUUAUCAUCUGUUCUGUACAUUGUGGCUUUGCUAGCAAGGAAGAUUUAAACAUGCAAGCAGCCUUGCCUUCCCAAAGAACCCUAAAUGGAAGUGGAUUGUCCUUUCUAUGGCCAAUAGGGAAUAAAACAUGAGAUUCCUCUUGAAUUUCUCUAUUUGCUUGUCUUAGAUAUACUUCGAGCUUUCGAUGAUAUUUGGGUUGAGACUUUUGAGCGAAAAGGUUUCUGUGCUCAAACUCUAUGAGAUCAUAACAGCCUUCAUGGGAAAAACAUCAGAAAUGUUCAACGCGUGCCAUCUUAAUUUAAAUAUGGAGCAUGAUUUUCCUGUC